UUCUCAUGCAACUUCCUCAUGCGCACGUGCUUUAGCCUGUUAUGUACUGAAAAUGUCAACACGGGAAAUUGUUACAUUACAGAUCGGCCACUAUGCAAAUUUUGUUGGCACGCAUUGGUGGAAUAUUCAGGAAUCAUCCUUUGUGUACACGCCUCAGGCUCUCACAGGGCCCAAGGAAAUCAACCAUGAUGUGCUGUUUAGAGAGGGACAGACAUUGCAUGGUGAGGUAACGUACACACCUCGUCUCAUAGCUGUUGAUCUGAAAGGGAGUCUGAAUGCACUGAGAAGGGAGGGAACUCUGUAUGAGGCAGGACAGGAGGAAGACGUGAAGUGGGAGAGUGAUGUGACACUUCAUGAGUCCAGCCCUGUUGAGAAGAAUGAAUUCCUUGAAGACUUGGAUCGUGUUGAGGCGGAGCAGGUGUCAGAUGUCCAUCGAAACCUAGAGGACAAACUUGAAGACACUGAUAAGAAACCAAAACUUGAGAAGCCUGAAACAGAAGAUGCCGUGUUUGGUCGUAAACUGUACGAUCUGGACGACACUGUGUCCGUGUGGUCCGACUUCCUGCGUGUUCACCUUCAUCCCAAGUCUCUGCACAUAGUGGAUGACUUCAUACACAAGAAUGAGGAGCAGCCGUUUGACAUGUUCCAGCUGGGUGCCAGUGUGUUGAAAAAUGUAGAUGCGAUGGACGCCAUGGAGGACCAGAUUCGAUUCUUUGUGGAGGAGUGCGACCACCUCCAGGGGUUCCACCUGCUGAUGGACUGGUGUGAUGGGUUUGGGGGGUACGGGGCUGGCCUCCUCCAGUACUUAGAGGAUGAGUUCACCAACAAGGCUCGGAUGACGUGUGCAGUGUCACCCGCCAUCAUGCCUGAUUCUACUGUUCGACAGCGUGCCAACAGAAUCAUAAACAGCGCAUUCUGUCUAGACAAGGGAGGUAACUUGAGCUCUCUGUUUAUCCCAAUGUCCCUGACUGACUCUCUGUGGAGGAAGAUGGGACCACCUCGGGACUUGCCCCAUCUCAGCUACAAGGGACAACUAGACUACCACACCAGUGGUAUCCUGGCAGCGUGUCUGGACACAAUGUCCCUCCCAUACCGGCAAGACGGGUACUCCACCACGCUGGCCGAUAUCACUAGCUCAUUUAACAAUCUCGGAAGAAAGGUGUCAGCUGUCUACUCGAGCCUCCCCUUCCCACUCACCCCCCAGGGGACAUUUGUUGAGAGUCUGAUGUCCCACAAGGACCAAGCCCCCUGGUAUUCCCUCACCCCCCAUGUGGGCACCUGCCCUGACCCCUACAUGCAGUCGUGUGUGGUCAGGGGGGUUCCAGCUCACAGGAUAACCAGAUCUGAGCCGACACCUAACAUCCCAGGAAUACUGACAGGCUGUUCUUCUCUCAGUGAGAUUCUCCACCUGUACCUGACAGAGACCUAUCCACGAACCCUAAAUGCUGGCUGUACAAUGCGAGAUGCUUGUAAAGUUGUCUCCCCUUACCCACACGUUUUCUCCAGCAAAGUGUCCAACAAUGGCUACAUCGGUGAUACCGACCGUCCAUCAUACCAAGGCGUGGAGUCAGUUCCUGUAAUGACGUCGCUUCAGUCUAAUGACAGUGUGUACGACCUGACCAGUAGUCUCCUCAGCGAGGCGGCUCGGUUCAACAUCAGGAAGCACCAUCACUACCUGGAGGCGGGACUGGAGGAAGAUGAGUACCGGGAAACACUGGACAAUGUGUCCACCCUCGGGCAGUGCUACAAGACAGAUACAUCCGCAACCUGACACCUGCUACAACAUCCUGGACAUAGCUCUGGAUUACACUGCACUGUUUGAUACAGGGACAGGACCCCAUGACUGACUCUGAGAUGCUUUGUUGCUGUGUGACCCGUGACGAUCCGGGGUAGAAUAGGUCUUCAGCAACCCAUGCUUGCUGUAAGAGGCGACUAACGGGAUCAGGUGGUCAGGCUCGCUGACUUGGUUGAUGCAUGUCAUUGUAUCCUAAUUGCGUGAAAUGAUGCUCAUGUUAUCAAUCACUGGAUUGUCUGGUCCAGACUCAGUUUUUAUCAGACCACCAUCAUAUAACUUGAAUAUUGCUGAGUGCGGCAUUAAACAACAAGCAAGCAAACAAACUAUCAGUCAUUGCUGUGUUCAUCUGAAAUUGUCAGUGCAAUAUUCUGGAAGCUUCAUUUAACCAUCCAUUGAUAUCCAAACGAUGAUUCUUGUGAGGCCAGUGUUUGAAAAUAUAAGAGGUCUUGAGGUCCCUGAGGUUUGCUCUCACAGAACUUGAAACAAUCCUUAUCUGUUAACAUUAACAACUAGUACCAACAGUGUCAGAUUGUGCAUGAAUGUUGAUUUGUGUGAUGUGUGAGGAUAACAUGAUGGUCUACCACAACGUGAGUUCAAAUUUAAGGUCGCACCGGCAUUUUUGUAAUCAUCUUGCAACAAGAGCAAGUUGUUUAUAUAUACUACUCAAAAGAAGUUAAAGAACACCCAAUGCUUUCAUAUUACUAUAUGUUAUCUGUCAUUGCAGAAACAGGUGUCACACAUGGAAAUAGGCCACCUCUGUAGUUAUAAGUCUGCAGAAUGUUGAAUAAACCAAUGAUGCAUGAG